AUGGCUCUCAGCUCAUCUCCAUCGUUCUCAGUGGCUGCCUGCUUCCCAUUUCUUCUUGAUUCAAAGGCUGGAACCGGAGGGAGCUCGGCGUUCCUUGCUCGCUUAGCGGCUGGCUCACCAUCGGAUCUCGCGGAGGGUUUCUUGCUUGUUCCACCAUUGCGUGCCACGGCCACGGCUUUCCCUUUCAAGAAGAUGGAGACGAAAACGGUGCUUGAAUGUGAGCAAGGACAUGCGGAGAAGAAAAAGGGACAUGAUACGUCGCCGGUCACCGUCGUUCUCAGCGUGGAUUUGCAUUGCGAUGGAUGUAUCGCGAGAAUCGUCACUUUAGCUCGUCGCUUAGAAGGUGUUGAAACAGUGAGAGCAGAUCCUGUUACGAACAAGCUUACUCUGAUUGGAUUUAUGGAUCCAGUGAAGGUUACAGAGCAAUUGCAGAAGAAGAGCAUGAAGAAGAUUGAGUUGUUAUCUCCAAAACCAAAGAAAGAAACAAAAGCAAACAGUGACACAAAGGCUGAUAACAAGAACAAGACUAUGGUUGCUGUGUCCACAGUGAUACUGAAGCUAAAUUGCGCAUGUGAUGGUUGCAUCAAGAGGAUUCACAAGACUGUCUCUAAGACCAAAGGAGUCUACCAAGUCAAAAUCGACAAGGAGAAGGAAGUGGUAACAGUCAUGGGAACGAUGGAAGUUAAAUCUGUGACGGAUAAUGUGAAAAGGAAGCUGAAGAAAACAGUCCAGGUCUUGCCUGAGAAGAAGAAGGACAAGAAGAAGGACAAUGCAGAGGGAAUCACCAAAGUCGACGGGUCUCCGGGUCUACCAUGCUAUGGUUUCAACCAUGGGCUUGGGCCUUACGGUUUUAUGGAAGGCCCACUUACGGAGUUUUUCAGAGAGGAGGAUCAGAGCUUUUGCUACGUUAUGUGA